AUGAAUGAGACACAUCCCUCAGGUCCCUCAGGGUCCGGGGCUCAGGCCACAGACCAGAAGAACCUGGGGCCAGACAAGCAUGGGGCCUGGCUGCUGGGAGAUGUGUCCUCUGCCCUGAGCCCGACUGGGAUCCUGCAGUGGCCUGUCCCUCCCAAGCUGGAACCAGUCCCUGGGGGUCACGUGAUGCGUCGGCCGCUGGAGUUCCUGCUGUGCAUGCUGGCGGCCACGCACAUGCUCAACGUGGCGGUGCCCAUCGCCACCUACGCCGUGGUGCAGCUUCGGCGGCAGCGCCCGGGCUACGAGUGGAAUGAGGGCCUCUGCAAGGUCUUCGUGUCCACCUUCUACACCCUCACCCUGGCCACCUGCUUCUCCGUCACCUCCCUGUCCUACCACCGCAUGUGGAUGGUCCGCUGGCCCGUGAACUACAGGCUGAGCAACGCCAAGAAGCAGGCGGUGCACACGGUCAUGGGCAUCUGGAUGGUGUCCUUCACCCUGUCGGCCCUGCCUGCCGUCGGCUGGCACGACACGAGCGAGCGCUUCUACGCCCACGGCUGCCGCUUCAUCGUGGCCGAGAUCGGCCUGGGCUUCGGCGUCUGCUUCCUGCUGCUGGUGGGGGGCAGCGUGGCCAUGGGCGCGGGGCGCCGGGCGGGCCGCCGGGCCUUCACGGUGCCCACCAUCGUGGUAGAGGACGCGCAGGGCAAGCGCCGCUCCUCCAUCGAGGGCUCCGAGCCCGCCAAGACCUCGCUGCAGAUCACGGGCCUGGUGGCCACCAUUGUCUUCAUCUACGACUGCCUCAUGGGCUUCCCCGUGCUGGUGGUGAGCUUCAGCAGCCUGAGGGCGGACGCCUCGGCACCCUGGAUGGUGCUGUGCGUGCUGUGGUGCUCCGUGGCCCAGGCCCUGCUGCUGCCCAUCUUCCUCUGGGCCUGCGACCGCUACCGCGCCGACCUCAAGGCCGUCUGGGAGAAGUGCACCGCGCUCAUGGCCAACGACGAGGAUUCGGGUGAUGACACCAGCCUGGAGGGGGGCCUGCCCCAGGACCUGGUGCUGGAGCGCUCCCUGGACUACAGCUGUGGGGGCGACUUUGUGGCCCUGGACAGGAUGGCCAACUACGAGCUGCCCCUGGAGGGGGCCCUGCCCCAUCUCUACCCGCUGGGGCCCUUGCAGGAGGACAAGAUGCAGUACCUGCAGGUCCCGCCCACGCGACGCUUCUCGCACGAAGAUGCGGACCUCUGGGCCGUGGUGCCGCUGCCCGCCUUCCUGCUGCUGGGAGCUCAGCCCUGGGCCACUGGGGCCGACCCGCUGCUGGGCUUUUCCAGAGCAGGUCGGAGAGGGCAGGGAGAACAUGGCGCCCUCCUUGGCAGUCAGGCCCAGGGCAGAGGCCCGCGAUGACGUGGGGAUAGAAGGUGAACCCGUGAGGGACAGGGUUUGCAAGGGGCUGGCUUUCAUCUGGCCUGGCUCUUCAGGUUAUUUUUAACCGGACAAAUUUAGCAGCGAUGGCCUGCCCGGCAGGGAAUUGGGUUAAUGAGGUGCGGGCUCCCUGGGUGCUCCCCAGCUUCCUGGGCCAAUGAAACCGCCAGGAGAUUUCUCAUGCCGUUGCGGCUUCUUAAGGGGAACACGGGCAUUGCGCAGAGCCACGCUGCCUGGAAGCCGUGGACGGACCCCUGACACAGGAUCCGCAGGGCUGUGCGUGGCAGCUUACCACCAAGGUAGGGAGCGAGCUGGGCAGAAAGCAAAAGGCUGAGACCCCACCGCCCCUCCUGGUGUGAGCUGCUUCUGGAGCCUCAGAGUCAAUGUUACCAGUCCCUCCCAUCCAUUCAGCACUCGGUGAUGACCGAUAGGGGAAGUGUUCCGAAGCCAGUACAUUGCAUCAAUAGAUGCGGCUCAGUGAGGUCUCAGCCACAGCUCAUCUUGGUAACAGUCCCUCCAUAACGGGUGCAGUGACCUAACCACUGACCCUUCUCUGACUUUCCUACUGCCUUAGACAGCUGCCAUCUCCCGACGUUUUUGCCUCUGUAGAGACUUGCGAGGGUGGGCAACCUCAGCAUUGCCGCGCGGUGGGACCUGCUCCCCGGGCCCCGCUCUGAGAGCUUGCCGGCCUGGGGCACUGGCCACCCCCGGCCCGGCCACCGGCAGCCGCUCUGGGGAAGCUGGCAAAGUGAGGAGGAUAACUUAAUGGAGAAAUUAUUCCACUCUUCUUUCUACAUGCAGAAAUGUUUGUUUAAAUAUUUUAAAUUGGGUUUUCGUUCACAGACACUGAUACUCUUUCCAAAUCUGAAAUAAAACUGUACUCGGUUUCACUAC